AGUGAGCCUGCGCCUCGUUUCCUCAACUCUUUGUGGCUCCCACGCUGGUCCCAUCGCCUCUACCUGGGAACUCUCGAGACUUCCUUUCUCUUUCCUGCUAGGGUGGGUAGGGGGAGUGGCAGUUGCAGAGAUGCCUGUCUCUUUAAGAGAGAGAGAAGGAGAGGGCGAGAGGUGGGGAGAAAAAACGAAAUCAGGAAGUUUAGAGAGCGCAGCCCUGGCUCUGCUGAGCCAGGCAUGCUGCUGCUGCGGGCGGAGCCAGCCAGAAACCCUCGCAUUCAGCUCCCACAGGGCACAAGGCCAUUCCAACUGGUCCUUCUCGUGGGUCCCUGGGGCCCAUGGCUACGAGGAUGCUCUGGGCACUGCCCAUGAACGUGUGCAGGCUCUGAAAGUUUGAGUCGCUGUCCGGGUCCCACAAACCUGCAUCCCUUGCCACCGAGAUGGGCUCAGGUCCUGGACUUGGCCCGGACAGAAAGUAUAACACCCGCUUGCCUGGGAGACCCUCUGCCUGACUCCGCCCAGAGCAGGUGCCAGGCUUGGAUGCCAAAGCCCCAGAGUCCUCAGUGCCAGGAAGAGGUGAAGCAGAGAGGAGGUAGCAGGUGGCCAGACAGCCCAAGGCAGGAGAUGCAGAGCACAGCCAAUUACCUGUGGCACACAGAUGACCUGCUGGGGCAGGGGGCCACUGCCAGCGUGUACAAGGCCCGGAACAAGAAAUCUGGGGAACUGGUGGCCGUGAAGGUCUUCAACACUGUCAGCUACCUGCGGCCCCGAGAGGUGCAGGUGAGGGAGUUUGAGGUGCUGCGGAAGCUCAACCACCAGAACAUCGUCAAGCUCUUCGCUGUGGAGGAGACGGGGGCCAGCAGGCAGAAGGUGCUGGUGAUGGAGUACUGCUCCAGUGGGAGCCUGCUGAGCGUGCUGGAGAGCCCCGAGAAUGCCUUCGGGCUGCCAGAGGAGGAGUUCCUGGUGGUGCUGCGCUGCGUGGUGGCUGGCAUGAACCACCUGAGGGAGAAUGGCAUCGUCCACCGGGACAUCAAGCCGGGGAACAUCAUGCGCCUGGUCGGGGAGGAGGGCCAGAGCAUCUACAAGCUGACAGACUUCGGGGCUGCCCGCGAGCUGGAUGAUGAGGAGAAGUUCAUCUCCGUCUACGGGACGGAGGAGUACCUGCACCCCAACAUAUAUGAGCGGGCGGUGCUGCACAAGCCCCAGCAGAAGGCGUUCGGGGUGACUGUGGAUCUCUGGAGCAUCGGGGUGACCCUGUACCAUGCAGCCACUGGCAGCCUGCCCUUUGUCCCCUUCGGAGGGCCGCGGCGCAACAAGGAGAUCAUGUACCGGAUCACCACAGAGAAGCCAGCAGGGGCCAUCGCAGGUGCACAGAAGCGGGAAAACGGGCCCCUGGAGUGGAGUUACAGCCUCCCCGUCACCUGCCAGCUGUCCAUGGGCCUGCAGAGCCAGCUGGUACCCAUCCUGGCCAACAUCUUGGAGGUGGAAGAGGCCAAGUGCUGGGGCUUCGAUCAGUUCUUUGCAGAGACCAGUAACAUCCUGCAGCGGGUCGUAGUCCACGUCUUCUCCCUGUCCCAGUCCAUCCUGCACCACAUCUACAUCCACGCCCACAACACGAUCGCCAUCUUUCUGGAGGCCGUAUAUGAGCAGACCAAUGUGGCCCCCCAGCACCAAGAGUACCUGUUUGAGGGUCACCUCUGUGUCUUCGAGCCCAGCCUCUCAGCACAGCACAUCGGCCACACGACUGCCAGCAGCCCCCUGACCCUGUUCAGCAUGGCCAGUGACACCCCCAAGGGUCUGACCUUCAGGGACCCUGCUGUGGACAUCCCCAAGUUCGUCCCCAAAGUGGACCUGCAGGCAGAUUACAGCACUGCUAAGGGUGUGCUGGGCGCUGGUCACCAGGCACUGCGGCUGGCACGGGCUCUGCUGAAUGGGCAGAAGCUGAUGCUUCGGGGGCUGCACUGGGUCGUGGAGGUGCUCCAGGCCACGUGCAGGCAGACCCUGGAGGUCGCCAGGACCGGCCUCCUCUUCCUCAGCAGCAGCCUGGCCACCGAGAGGUCCAGCAGCACAGCCAGGACGCCUGAGGUGCCCGAGAUGUGGGAACUGAAGAGGGCCACAGAGCUGAGGUCUAAGCUGCAGACUCUGGCUACGGUCCUCUCCAGAUGUUCCCAAGAUGUUGCAGAGACCCAGGUGAGCCUGGGCCACCUGAGCUCAGAGCUGGCGAAGAACCGGGAUCAGGUACAUGAAGACAGAAGCACCCAGCAGAUCCAGAGUUGCCUGGACAAGAUGCACCUCAUCUACAAACAGUUCAAGAAAUCUAGAAUGAGGCCAGGGCUCAACUACAAUGAGGAACAGAUUCACAAGCUGGACAAGGUGAAUUUCAGUCAUUUAGCCAAGAGGCUCCUGCAGGUGUUCCAGGAGGAGUGUGUGCAGAAGUAUCAGGCAUCCCUGGUCACACACGGCAAGUGGAUGAGAGAGGUGCAGACAACCAGGAACCAACUGCGCCGGGCUGGCUGGUCUGUGGCCACCUGCAACACGGAAGCCCAGGGAGCCCAGGAGAACCUGAGCAAGAUCCUUGACCAGCUCCUUCAAGACAGGGCCCCCAGGGCUGAGACCUCACCACCACCCGCAACUCCCCCUCCCAGCGCUGCUCCGAAGGACCUGGCUAUGCACAUGCAGGAGCUCUACGAGGAGAUGAAGCUGCUGACUUUUGACCUCCAGGACAACAACCGCAUCAUUGAACGGCUGAGCAGAACCCCAUCCGCUCCUGAAGUCUGAACUCCCUGGGGUGCUUGAGCCCUCUAGAAGCUUCAGAUGCAUUGCAAGCUGCUCUCCUACCCUGUGGGACAAGCCCAGGGCAAGAUUGGUCCCCUCGUCAGCCUACUACCUCCAUCCUGGCACAGCCAGGAGAUGUCCCCAGCAUUACUGUCCACUUCCUGUGCCCCUGGCCAUCUCCAUCAGGACCAUAACAAACCCUGACAGCCGCCACUGGGUGGGCCUCGGUGCCUCAUCCUUAUCCCUUGGCCCAGAGGGCUGAGGUGGCUGGGCCUCCCUAGGAGCCCACAGAAGAGGCCAGGGCUGCCCCAGGCCACAGGUCUUCCUUCCUCUUCGAGUGUUUCACAGGGAACAGUCUCCUCCCACUCCGUGCUUCCUGAGGGUCACCACCCUCAGCUGCAGGUGACCGAGCCUCGCCGGCCUUCUGCUCAGGCUGAGAAGGUGGGUGGAGGCAGAUGCCAGCUCUCUGGGGACUCUUCCCUCUCCCUCUCUUUCUGAGGGGCCACGCAGUCCUGGGUGCUGCUGGGGGCAUCCACGGGUAACUGUGCCAACAAGCACUGCCCUGAGGGGCCAAGCCCAGAGAAAGCAGAGAACAGGCCUGCACCCACCCGGGUGGAAUAAAUGCCACUGCCAUGAC